AGAUGGCGGCUACUGUGGUGGCGCCGCCUGGUGCGUUGGCCAGUCAGGUCAACAAGCGCAGCGGCGGCGGACCGGGAGGCGGCGGCGGCAGCGGUGGUGGGGCGGCCAGAGGGGCGGAGGAGGAACCGCCGCCGCCCCUACAAGCAGUUCUGGUGGCCGACAGCUUCAACCGCCGCUUCUUCCCCAUCUCCAAGGACCAGCCUCGGGUCCUCUUGCCCCUGGCCAAUGUGGCACUAAUUGACUACACUCUGGAAUUUCUGACUGCCACAGGUGUACAGGAAACCUUUGUCUUUUGUUGCUGGAAAGCUGCUCAAAUCAAGGAACAUUUACUGAAAUCCAAGUGGUGCCGCCCAACAUCCCUCAAUGUGGUUCGAAUAAUUACAUCAGAGCUGUAUAGAUCACUGGGGGAUGUUCUCCGUGAUGUUGAUGCUAAAGCCUUGGUGCGCUCUGACUUCCUUCUGGUGUAUGGGGAUGUCAUCUCAAACAUCAAUAUUACCAGAGCCCUGGAAGAACACAGGUUAAGGAGGAAGCUAGAAAAAAAUGUGUCUGUGAUGACGAUGAUCUUCAAGGAGUCAUCCCCCAGCCACCCAACUCGUUGUCAUGAGGACAACGUGGUAGUGGCCGUGGAUAGUGCCACAAAUCAGGUGCUCCAUUUCCAGAAGACCCAAGGCCUCCGACGUUUUUCUUUCCCUCUGAGCUUGUUCCAGGGCAGUGGAGAUGGAGUGGAGAUUCGCUAUGACUUACUUGAUUGUCACAUAAGCAUCUGCUCUCCUCAGGUGGCUCAACUAUUUACAGACAACUUCGACUACCAAACACGAGAUGACUUUGUGCGAGGCCUGUUAGUGAAUGAGGAGAUCUUAGGAAACCAGAUCCACAUGCAUGUGACAACUAAGGAAUAUGGUGCCCGGGUCUCCAACCUACACAUGUAUGCUGCUGUCUGCGCAGAUGUCAUCCGCCGAUGGGUCUACCCUCUCACCCCAGAGGCUAACUUCACUGACAGCACAACCCAGAGCUGCACUCACUCCCGACAUAACAUCUACCGAGGGCCUGAGGUCAGCCUGGGCCAUGGCAGCAUCCUGGAGGAAAACGUGCUCUUAGGUUCUGGCACUGUCAUUGGCAGCAAUUGCUCCAUCACUAACAGUGUCAUUGGCCCUGGCUGUCACAUUGGUGAUAAUGUGGUGCUGGACCAGGCCUUCCUAUGGCAGGGGGUCCGAGUUGCUGCUGGAGCACAGAUUCAUCAGUCUCUGCUCUGUGACAAUGCUGAGGUCAAGGAAAAUGUUACACUGAAGCCUCACUGUGUCCUUACUUCCCAGGUGGUAGUAGGCCCAGAUAUCAUGCUGCCUGAGGGCUCGGUGAUCUCUUUGCACCCUCCAGAUGCAGAGGAUGAUGAGGAUGAUGGUCAGUUCAGUGAUGAUUCUGGGGCUGACCAAGAAAAGGAGAAAGUGAAGCUGAAAGGUUACAAUCCAGCAGAAGUCGGAGUUGCAGGCCAGGGCUACCUCUGGAAAGCUGCAGACAUGAACAUGGAGGAAGAGGAGGAACUACGGCAGAAUCUAUGGGGACUCAGAAUCAACAUGGAAGAAGAGAGUGAAACUGAAAGUGAGCAAAGUAUGGAUUCUGAAGAGCUAGGCAGCCGGGCAGGCUCUCCACAGAUGGAUGACAUCAAAGUGUUUCAGAAUGAAGUCCUGGGAACACUACAGCGGGGCAAGGAGGAGAACAUUUCUUGUGACAAUCUAGUCCUGGAGAUAAAUUCUCUCAAGUAUGCCUACAACAUAAGCCUGAAGGAAGUGAUGCAAGUAUUGAGCCAUGUGGUCCUGGAGUUCCCACUGCAACAAAUGGAUUCCCCGCUAGACCCAAACCGCUACUGUGCCCUCUUGAUUCCCUUGCUCAAGGCCUGGAGCCCUGUCUUUAGGAACUACAUAAAGCGCGCCGCUGAUCAUUUGGAAUCUUUGGCAGCCAUUGAGGACUUCUUUUUGGAGCAUGAAGCUCUUAGCACUUCCAUGGCCAAGGUACUGAUGGCUUUCUACCAACUGGAGAUCCUGGCUGAGGAAACAAUUCUGAGCUGGUUCAGCCAAAGGGAGGUAACUGACAAAGGCCAGCAGUUGCGCAAGAAUCAGCAGCUGCAAAGGUUCAUCCAGUGGCUAAAAGAGGCAGAAGAGGAGUCAUCUGAAGAUGACUGAAGUCACACUGCCUGCUCCUGUGGAUGUUGUUGAUUAACCUCAAGGUUUCUGGGCCAGGACAAGUGAGAGACUAGUUCAAAAGGAUGAGUGACCACCAUCUGAACUGAGACUGGAGCAGAGGCUGGAACUAUAAUAUUCUUCCCACCAUCAGCAACCAUGUGCCUCCCAUCCUGACUGGGGAGUGGGGGUGAAGGAAGUUGGGCUGGAUAACAGCUCUGCCUAAGGAGGAGCUAAGCAGGCCCUGCGGUUAGAGGAAGACCAGAGGAACAGCUUUGUGCUCUGGUUCCCCUCAGGGAAUAGCAGAGAGCAGUUGGCCCUCUCUGCUGCUUGUAUUUGUUAAUAUUAAAAAAACAGAGAGAGGGGUA